AUGGCAUCAUCGGCCCAUGCAUCGCCGCCGGUCGCCAUCGUGUGCGUCGGCAUGGCAGGUUCUGGUAAAACAACUUUUAUGCAGCGCAUCAAUGCCCACCUCCACAGCAAGGCCCAGCCACCCUACGUAAUCAACCUCGACCCGGCAGUGCUCAACGUCCCCUUCGACCCGAACAUCGACAUCCGCGACUCGGUCAACUACGAAGAAGUCAUGAAGCAGUACAACCUUGGUCCCAACGGAGGCAUCCUCACAUCCCUGAACUUGUUCGCCACCAAGGUCGACCAGAUUGUCAACCUGUUGGAGAAGAGAGCGAAGCCCGAUGCCGAGAAUCCCCAGCGCAAGCCCAUCGAUCGCAUCAUCGUCGACACCCCCGGACAAAUCGAGGCGUUUGUGUGGUCUGCGUCAGGCACCAUUCUUCUAGAGUCUUUGGCGUCUUCCUUCCCGACCGUGAUUGCGUACGUUAUCGACACGCCGAGAACAGCGUCCACGUCUACUUUCAUGUCCAACAUGCUGUAUGCCUGUUCAAUCCUGUACAAGACAAAGCUGCCCAUGGUCCUGGUGUUCAACAAGACAGACGUAAAGGACGCGUCUUUUGCGAGAGAGUGGAUGACAGAUUUCGACGCCUUCCAGGAGGCGCUUCGCCGAGACGAAGAGUCAGACGCGUUGGGCGGUGUUGAGGGCGGCGGUCAUGGUGGAAGCGGAUACAUGGGCAGUCUGCUCAACUCCAUGAGCUUGAUGCUGGAGGAGUUUUACUCACACCUGAGCAUGGUUGGCGUAAGUUCAAGGCUGGGCACCGGGGUGGACGAGUUUUUCGAGGCCGUGGAGGAGAAGAAGCAGGAGUUUCUGCGAGACUACCUGCCAGAACUGGAGAAGCGGCGCCAAGAAAGGGAGAACCAGAGGAGCAAGUCGCGAGAUAAGGAGUUGGAUAAGAUGAUGUCCGACAUGGCUGUCGGACCCGGUCAGGCAUCUCAACAAAGCGGUGUAGGGAACGGCUCGGACGUCGACGUGGCCAGUGACGGUGACGAUGACGACGAGGACUCGGACGAGGAGGCUGCCAAACAAGGCCUCCAGGAGCGCUACCAGGCCGCAAUGGGCGAUAACGAAGAUUCCAUCCUGGCAGAUGCCAGUUUUGCCAAAUAUCUACACAAGCAGCGGUAG